UGUUCUGACAAAAUAAAGUUCGACAUGUGCUCAUUCUAUAAAUUUACCAUUUGUUGGUUUGGGUUUCUUGGGGUGUUGUUAAGUGGGCGUCUUACUCUUAUCAAUUGCUCCCGAAUUCUGGUAUCAAUUCCGCUAGCCUCUACUCGCAGUCACUACAUGUGUUUCCGUUUGGUAAUGGGAGCGCUGACUUCUCGACGACACGAGGUGACGUUCAUCAUGUCAAUCCUCAACGUCGCCUUAUCGCAUAACAAGACGACACUGGAUGAGAAGUUUAACUUCAUUCUCUAUGAAGGGCCGUUUGAUGCGUCCCAGUAUGACGAAAUUCUACGGCGAUUUCAAGAACAGAUUACCAGGAAGAACACCGUAGAUGACCGCCGGUUGAAAAAUUGGAUGGCAGCGGCUGAUAGUGUGUCAAACACCUCCACGCAAAAUCCUUGGCAUAAAACUGCCGUCGAGUGCGAUUCUAUUCUCGGCAAUUUCACUCUGCUGUCCACGCUGAAAAGUGCCAAAUAUGAUCUUCUGAUAGGCGACCCGGCGGCUAAUUUAUGUACACCUUUAUUGGCAGAGGUUCUGUCUAUUCCCUUCCUCCAAUAUUCAAUUCAAGGACUUCGAGUUAUGCAUCACGAUCGAUGGUUCAACCAGCCUAUCUAUCCCUCCUUCAUGCCGAUGCCUCUAAUGUCGUUCUGCGAUUCCAUGUCAUUCAAAGUCCGACUUAAAAAUUUCAUUUCCUACAAGUUUGCUAGCCUGCUCAUAGAUAGCAAUGCCUUCGCUGCGUUUGAAAAAGUUAAAGAAAAACACGUCAUUCGGCCGGAUGCGUCGCUUGGCAACCUGUUGAUGCGAUCCCAGCUUCUUCUCGUGAACUCCGACCUACGCGUGCAGGAGUUUGCACGCCCUUUUCUGCCGAAUGUCAUACCAGUGGGCGGAGUUACUGCUGCACCAGCACAACCUUUAGAAAAGGAUCUCCAGGAGUUUUUCGAAGGUUCCGGUCCACACGGCGUGGUCGUUAUUUCCAUGGGAACGUCGCUGGGAUUUGACGAAUCAAGCAGUCGUGAUGUAGCUGGUGCCUUGUCACGUUUAGAGCAGCGAGUACUGUGGAUGCAUCGGGGAACACGACCAACCAACAUUGGCAACAAUACUCGGCUAAUCGACUGGAUAACUAUCAAUGACGUUUUGGGUCACCCCAAAACCAAAGUCCUUGUCAACCACGGCGGGACGAACACUGUCCUAGAAGCAAUCUACCACGGCGUGCCUAUGGUUCUGAUUCCGCUGGCUAACGACAUGUUUGAUAUCACGGAUAGAGCGGUGUGUAGGGGUGUGGCUUUAAGACUCAACAUGCCGACACUCACGGGGGACGUCCUAAUAGAAGCCAUCAAGAAAGUUGUCUCUGAACCGGGAUUCGAAGAAACGUCCGCUCAACUAUCGGCGGUGUUCAAAGAAAUGACGCCCUCACCGGUGGAAACAGCCGCCUUUUGGAUCGAGCAUGUGCUGAAACAUGGCGGCGACCACCUCCGACCAAAGUUUGCUGAAUCGCUGAAUAUUUAUCAGUCCAUAUUCCUAGUGAUUCUGUUCAUUAUUGGUGUCAGUUUUCUUGUUUUUGUUAAAGUGAUGUCUUAUUUAUGGCGGUGUACGAAGAAAAGGGUUAGCUAAUGUCAAAGUUAGAAAUUGUUUUAACAGAGAACAGCGCGCAGUACAAACAUGAAUUAGACCUAUAGUACAAUUUUAUAACCCAUAAGGAUGUUCCAUAGUUCACGAAUCAUAAUAGACCUACAAAGCACAAGUCAAUAAUGGCAUCUAUUCCACAUAAUGUCGAACAAUGCAAAAUAACCAGCCUCACCAGCAGUCACUGUUCAGAUUUUAAUAGUGACGUACAGCCCGUCACUUUGUAAUUGGUAUAACACAGUAGGUAGGCCAGAAGAUGCAUCAUUUUUUGCUGGUACACAGAUUAUUGCAGCAUUGUAAAUAUUAAUGUUUAUACUGGUAGCCUUAGUUUGGUUGAAAUAAAUGUUGGUUUCGUCCCUAUAGAACAUGCCUGCACAA